AUGUUUACAAUUGGCAGCCAGACCAACCUGACCAACCUGGCCAGCACUCGUGGCUCCUUUCCAGAGCGAAUUUUAGAGGACUCUGGGUUUGAUGAGCAGCAAGAGUUUCGCUCCCGGUGCAGCAGUGUCACUGCAGUUAUGCAAAGAAGGGUUCAUGACACAAACCUGAAAAUACAGCCACGCAGAAGACAUGCAAGUGCACCCAGUCAUGUUCAGCCUUCCGAUUCUGAGAAGAACAGGACAAUGUUGUUCCAGGUUGGAAGGUUUGAAGUUAACCUUAUCAGUCCGGACACCAAAUCUGUUGUGCUUGAAAAGAAUUUUAAAGAUAUCUCCUCAUGUUCUCAGGGUAUAAAACAUGUUGAUCACUUUGGCUUCAUUUGCCGGGAAUCUGUGGAACCUGGGUUAAGCCAGUAUGUUUGCUAUGUGUUCCAGUGUGCAAGUGAGUCUCUGGUUGAUGAGGUAAUGCUUACCCUGAAACAAGCCUUUAGCACUGCUGCAGCUCUGCAAAAUGCCAAGACGCAGAUUAAACUGUGUGAGGCCUGUCCUAUGCAUUCAUUGCACAAACUUUGUGAAAGAAUUGAAGGACUCUAUCCACCGAGAGCCAAACUUGUAAUUCAGAGACAUCUGUCGUCACUAACUGAUAAUGAGCAAGCGGACAUUUUUGAGCGUGUUCAGAAAAUGAAGCCUGACAAUGACCAGGAAGAAAAUGAACUUGUGAUCUUACAUCUACGCCAACUCUGUGAAACUAAGCAGAAAACACACGUUCACAUUGGUGAAGCACCAUCGACCAUUUCUAACAGUGCGAUUCCAGAAAGCACUACUAGUGGUGGCAGGUUUAAACUUGACAUUCUGAAAAACAAGGCCAAGAAAUCCUUGACUAGCUCUCUGGAAAAUAUCUUCUCAAGGGGAGCCAACAGAAUGCGAGGCCGCCUGGGAAGCAUGGACAGCUUUGAGCGCUGCAACAGCCUUGCUUCUGACAAAGACUUUUCACCGGGUGAUUCCCCACCAGCUACUCCUCCGGCGUCCCCCGUGUCCUCGGCCUGGCAGCCUUUUCCCGAGGAAGACUCUGACUCCCCCCAGUUCAGGAGGCGUGCGCACACCUUCAGCCACCCCCCCUCCAGCGCCAGGAGGAGGAUAACCUUCCAGAACGGGAGAUCCCAGAGCGUCCGGUCCCCACUGCUGCGGCAGAGCUGCGUCGAGGCGACAAGUGAUGGGGAGGGAAAGAAAAGAACAUCAACUGUCUGCAGCAGUGAAUCUCUAAAUGCUGUGGGGGCCACGCUCACACCUCGCCGCAUCUCCUGGCGGCGGAGAAUAUUCCUGCAGGUAGCUUCACCUAUGAAUAAAUCUCCUUCCAAGAUGCAGCAUCCAGAUGGUCAUGAUGGAAGUGAAUUGUUACCAUUAUCCCCUCUUGCUCCACCCCUGGAGGAGGACCCUCUUGUUCUAGUAUUGCAAAAUGAGGAUGGUCCAGAUAAAACUGGAGAGAGGAAAAACUCAGAAGAACUACAAAGUCUGUGGAGAAAAGCCAUCCAUCAACAAAUUCUGUUACUUCGAAUGGAAAAAGAAAACCAGAAGCUGGAAGAAGCAAGCAGAGAUGAGCUCCUAUCAAGAAAAGUAAAACUGGAUUAUGAUGAAGUUGGUACAUGUCAGAAAGAUGUCAUAAAUGUUUGGGAUAAGAAGUUACUGAACUGCAGAGCCAAAAUCCGCUGUGACAUGGAAGAUAUUCAUUCUACUUUGAAAGAAGGUGUACCAAAAAGUCGUCGGGGAGAAAUUUGGCAGUUUUUGGCUGUGCAACAUCGAGUCAGACACAGACUGCCAAACAAGCAGCAGCCUCCUGACAUCUCUUACAAAGAACUCCUGAAACAACUGACUGCUCAACAGCACGCCAUCCUUGUAGAUCUAGGACGGACAUUUCCUACGCAUCCUUACUUUUCUGCCCACCUGGGAGCAGGACAGCUAUCACUCUUUAAUCUCCUGAAAGCAUAUUCUUUGCUGGACAAAGAAGUAGGUUACUGUCAAGGUAUAAGCUUUGUAGCUGGAGUGCUGCUUCUACAUAUGAGUGAGGAACAGGCCUUUGAAAUGCUGAAAUUCCUCAUGUAUGACCUUGGCUUCCGUAAGCAGUACAGACCAGACAUGAUGUCGCUACAGAUUCAGAUGUAUCAGCUCUCAAGGCUUCUUCAUGAUUAUCACAGAGACCUGUAUAAUCAUCUUGAAGAAAAUGAAAUCAGUCCCAGUCUUUAUGCUGCACCAUGGUUUCUUACACUGUUCGCAUCUCAGUUUCCGUUAGGAUUCGUAGCCAGGGUAUUUGACAUUAUUUUUCUUCAAGGAACGGAAGUCAUAUUUAAAGUAGCACUGAGCCUACUUAGCAGUCAAGAAACGUCUAUAAUGGGAUGUGAGAGUUUUGAGAACAUUGUUGAUUUUCUUAAAACCACUAUUCCAGAUAUGACUCAACCUCAAAUGGAAAAAAUUAUUACCCAGGUGUUUGAGAUGGAUAUUUCAAAACAGCUCCAUGCCUACGAAGUAGAGUACCACGUUCUACAGGAUGAACUGCAGGAAAACGUGAAUCCCUGUGAUGAAGGUGAACCCCUGGAGAAGCUGGAGAGGGCAAACAGUCAUCUGAAGAGACAGAACAUGGAUUUGUUGGAGAAGCUACAGGUUGCUCAUGCUAAAAUUCAGAGUCUGGAAUCCAGCCUGGAGACUAUUUUGACUCGAGAGAACAAAAUGAAGAGCGUAAUUCAGUCCCUGGAACAGGAGAAGAUAACAUAUCAAAAGACUCUUGAACAGAUAAUGAAGUAUUUGCCAGCAGAAGCAUUGUCUGACUGUGAACUGCUCCUGAAGGAAGUAAACUACAAUCCAAAUAAUAAAAUAAAAUGAGUAAGCCAUAAACCAGGGUUUUUUUGGCAGCAUUUCUUCAAAAAAAGGGAAAGAAAAGAUGAGUAUGCUGCUUUCAAAGGACUUAGCAAUAGGCAAUGGUAUU